ACAGCUUUGCUUUGCCUUUGCCUUGCCUUUCUUCGCUGCCCCGUUGUGCUUCGGGCAGCGCUGCCGCCGCCACCGCCGCCAUCUUCCAGGCUAUUGCUUAGCGCCUGCGCCCAAGCAUCAUCGUCGCCAACGUUUCGACGUUAACGGCGCUGCUGGCGUCGCCGCGUUAGCCGUUGCGCUGUUGCCGGUAAAAAAGUCUUGAAAAGUGCGCCUCUUUGGCGUUCCGUUGUUAGUUUAAGUUUAACCAUCGCACGCUUAAGUCGCGAUUUAGUUGGCCGCAGAAAGGAACCAUAAUUUUUUUCCAACUCCUGCUUUAAGGAGCGUACAUAUAUUUUUUUUUAUAAAUUUAGUUGUAAAUCAAAGAAACAAAAUGAAAUUAUUUUUAUGUGCCAUUGCUGUGAUGCUUUGUGUGGCGGCGACAAGCGCUGCUGGCGAAUUUGAAUGUCCUAAGCCCAAUGGCCAAUUUGCCGAUGAAGAGCAAUGCGACAAAUAUUACCAGUGCGAUGAAGGUGUGGCCACGCCAAAACUGUGCGCAGAUGGCCUUGUGUUCGAUCCAUUGAACCGCAAGAUCAACAAAUGCGAUCAGCCCUUCAAUGUGGACUGCGAGGACCGCACAUUGUUGCAGGAGCCCAAGUCUACAAAGUUCUGUCCGCGCAAAAAUGGUUUCUUUGCCCAUCCGGAGGCGAGCAUUUGCAACAUCUUUUACAAUUGCAUCAAUGGCGAUGCUUUGGAAAUGAAGUGUACCGUUGGUCUGCACUUCGAUGAAUAUUCCGGCACCUGCGUCUGGCCGGAUACGGCUAAGCGUGAAGGCUGCAGCGAUCCAGAGAAAAAAACGGCGAGCGGCUUCUCGUGCCCCAAGGAUCAGCCCAAAAUGGAUGCGCGCGGCCAGGUUGUCACCCAUCCGAAAUAUCCUCAUCCCACCGAUUGCCAAAAGUUCUAUGUCUGCUUAAACGGCGAGGAUCCCAGAGACUUGGGCUGCCAGCUGGGCGAGGUCUACAACGAUGAGACAGAGAUGUGCGAUGCGCCCGAAAAUGUGCCAGGCUGCGAGGACUGGUACAAGGAUACCAGCGACGAUGAUAAUAAGAAGCCUGCAGCCAGGAGCUGAGCUUCAUCUCAUCCGCCGAUACCAUAAAAAUUAAAAAAAAAAAAAAAAAA